UCAUGGCGACGUGAAAGGCUCUCGCUUAGCAGCCGGUCAGCCUCAUGGCAUGUAUCCUUGCUCUGACACAGCCCCGCUCGAGGUCAAAUCUCAGCUCUGGACUGUUCUCUUUUGAUAGAAAGCGCGACCCAAGGCGUCGUGGCGGGGAUCAAAGUCGCCAGCCUGUAAUUCCACCAGGUGUAUGAACACUACUCAGCAGGCCGUUCGAUUGCUGCAGCAGGAGGAUCCAUGCGAGUUGACCAAACAGGAUGAGAUGUAGUACACCCAAGGCUGACAGGCUUCCAUAGAUCUCAAGGUUAAUUCGAUCGCUCUACCGAACCUUCUUCGUCUCCUUCACGAAAGAGCUGGACACAUCAUACCUAGCACAAGUGUGUAUGCGUAUGCCUGAAGAUAGGGGUCGGAGGUAGAGGACUCGACUCGACUUGUAUUGUAUAGCAGCCGGUGAUACUGAGCACAUCGGGUCAUGGAGAACCUAGCGAUCAAGGGAGAGGCUGUUGAAGACGGACUAUCUACUCUUUUCUAUUCGCUAUGCAUCACCCCUGACGCGAAGAGUCUUGAUGAGGCCUUCUUUGAUAAGAUACGCUCGCUCUUGCUAUCUGCAGGGAAGCUAGAAUGGAGCAAGAGACCUCGGUCCUACACAGUGCUUCGACUAAUCGACCGAGUUGAUGCUAUGAAAAGAUUGAUCUUGGAAGGCUGUCUAGAUCUCCAUUUCCCGUACUCCGAUUCGGCCGUUCCGGAACCUCUGAGGGCAUCCUCUGUCCGCUUCAAGUUUCUCGAUGCUCAAAGACUAGUUCUUACAAAAGCUGCUUCCAUGGAAACGGAGAAGGGUCGGCACGCGCACUUCAAUUGCGAUGCCAAUGCUCACUUUCACAUCCUUAAUCCGCUGCUAGGCCGCGGAGCGUUCGGAGUGGUCGACCAUGUCAGAAGCAAGCUAUCAUUGAACGAAUUCGCACGCAAGAAGAUAUCCCGAGCUAGAACAUUUGCUAGAGACAAAGCUGCCAUGAGGAUGUUCGAGAACGAACUGCGGAAUCUUCGACGCCUCAGACACCCUCACUUGGUCGAGCUCGUCGGAUCAUAUACUGAUCCAAGAUUCAUAGGCCUACUGAUGUCUCCUGUCGCAGACACCAACCUGAAGGUAUUUCUGGACAUGAACCAGGCGCCUACUAUGGCUGAAAAGGCUCCUCUCAUACGGCAAUUCGUCGGCUGUCUUGCCGGAGCUGUUUCGUAUCUUCAUUCUCAACAAUGCCGCCACAAGGACAUCAAGCCAUCCAAUAUUCUGAUCAAGGGUGAUCACGUCUUGUUGACCGAUUUCGGUACUGCACGAGACUGGAGUGAUCGGACCCGGGGCACAACCACUGGACCGACCGGACCAUAUACCCCAGGAUAUGCCUCCCCAGAGGUUGUGGAUCAAGCUCCUAGAGGCGAGCCUUCUGAUAUCUGGUCCUUGGGAUGCGUCUACUUGGACAUGCUUACAGUCCUUGAGAGUGAUACUUUUGCCCAAAGAAACGCAUUCUUUGAAAGCCAUGGAACUGGUCUGACCCUCGUAAGGUCAAACUAUGACGCGUUUUCCUUGUAUAUAGAUCAACUCGGCGGCACGAAUGCUCAGGACGGAGCUCUGAGUGGUUGGAUUCGACGUAUGCUUCGUCCUAACCCAAGCAAGAGGAUUAGCGCGUCGGAACUCUUUGCACAAAUCCAAGAAGAAGUAACUGUGCACCAUUAUUAUGGUGAAUGCUGCUUCGAUGCAGGGUACAGCACGGAUCACAGCGAUGUGUCUUCUGCGUUUGUGGACGAGACAGCCGUGUCCUUGCAGACGCCCACAAGCCACGACCGAAGUGGCGAGGGUGACAAGCAACAAUUUACAGGCGUCUACGGUUACGAGUCGACCGAAUCGCUUGGUCUUACAUCUAAGUCCGAUGAUCGCGAGCCAGAUAGCAUUUCUUCGCGAUGUUUGCAUAAGGAUGAAGAGAAGGAUGUCAUGGCGGAAAUGCAAACGGCUUCUUUGUCACCCUCUAUUUCCGACACAAUUCAGCCACCUCUUCCACAACUGUCAUGUUCUGCAACGUCUCCUUCUCGAUUCUUCAUACGGCAAUCGGAGCGGGAGAAGCACUCAUAUCAGCGAACAGACACAGAUUAUUCAAUACCGCCUCUCCCGGAUAUUGGUGCAGAGGAUGGCCAGGAAUAUCGAACGUCUAUCAUAAGAAUGCCACACGUGGAGGAGCUAUUUACUCAUCGCAUUUACAGUAAUAGCCUUCAAAAUUUGCGGAAUGAAUUAGCAUUCGCAUUUUUGCCUGCGCUCAGAGCCAAUUCGAGUUUUCCAGCUUUCCUAUACCUGGAACGAUCGCUGCUCGAUCUUUGUAACAACAGAUACAAAAGUGCAGAGAUGCAUGCUCUAGGUGCAGUCUCACAAGAUCCAAUGAGGGCUCGGCCUUGGCUGUACGUGGCCGAAUCUAGAAUGGCUAUGAACAAUAUGACUGGCGCACUAGGAGCCUACCAACGGGCUGUUGAGCUGUGUAAUGCCGAGUCGAAGCAGGGCCUGCUAGAUGCGUUACAGAAAGCCAGAACUUCCAUCCGACGCUCGAUGAAGCAAACAGCCAAAGUCACAUGUGAGACAGUCCCCAACGGUGACAGCACAGACUCGACGUCAGAUAGGAACGAAGAAGUCGUAAAUGCUGAACAAUACUACAAUUGGCGAGCCAGAAAGGACAAACCGAAAUCUAACCGAGGAGUAUAUGAACGAUCUGAUUUGGAGACAAGCGCGUCUCCAGAUAAGCGCCCCAGGCCGCGUGUGACCAAGCCUCGAGGACGACGGCAAAGGGUCGAUGGAUUUGGCCAGGUAGUAAAUCAGGGUGCUGAUUCAGAGUCGAGCGGCUCCUCAACCAAGUGCCACACUGGGCAUAGUCUCGUCCGUGGAGUACAGCCAUCGAAGGGCACUCGACCCAUAGCCACCACGUAUGACUACGAUACAACCCAAUUCCAGCCUUGGUUUGACCCAGGCGCAUCUCCCCAGCCGCAGGAACAACGUCUAAGAUUCCCCUUUUAUCCACUUCCAACAGUAGAUCUCCCUGAGAUAGGAUCAUACAACAGUAUAAAGGUAGACGCAGACGCGCACCGCAGCAGCCAGUACCGCCUACGGUGAAGUGGGAGAGUGGGCUGCCGGGCCAGUCGCGGUAAGGUAAGUCGAUGUAAUGUACGUAGCACCUGGGAGGGGGGAAAUGCAUGAAGUUUUUUAUUAUUGGUGGCGAAUGGUUCGAGGGUGAUAUAGGGGGAGAAAGGGACAGUCGAUUGGAUAUAUGUGU